AUGGGGGGUAGAGGCAACCUUGAUUGGGAAACAAGUUGGGAAAAAAAGGAACCCGAGAAACGAAAAAAUUUUUUUUCUUAUGUGAAUGGCGCCGAAAAACGUACAGCCAAAUCGGCUAAUGAUUCGAUAAAGCCAACCAAAAAAAGUCGUAAACAAAAACGAUCAUCGAAUCUAUCAUCUGAUUCGGAUCUUGGUUCAGAUAAUGAAAAUCUCAACAAUAAUGGUAAUAAUGAUACGACAGCUGAAGAAACUUCAACAGUAUCAAGCGAUUGGUGUAUCAAACCGGAUGAUCUUGUUGGUCGUCUUCUUGUAAGCGGUGGUACCAAUUGGGAUCUAAUUGGCCGAAAAGAAGUACCGAAAACGGCAGCUGCUGCUGGUACUGCUUCAAAUGGCCGUAACCUAUGGGGACCUCAUCAGACUGAAUAUCGUGUUCGAUUUGCUGUUAGUGGUUGUACUGCAUGUCAUUCCAUAAUUGUCACUGAAGAUGGUAAAGCACUUACAUGGGGGCGUAAUGAUCGUGGCCAAUUGGGACAUGGUGAUACAAUUCGUCGUGAUGUUCCUACUGAAGUUGAAGUUCUUAAAGAUUAUCAAAUAGUUGGUGGUGCUGUUGGUCGUGGACAUACAUUGUUUCUUACAUCCAAAGGUCAAGUUUUUGCUUGUGGCGAUAAUAAAAGCGGUCAACUUGGUGUUGGUAAUCAGAUACAGACCGUAUUGGCUCCAACACGGGUUGCACAUCGUGGCAAUCCAAUUGUCAAAUUAGCAUGUGGUGCCGAAUUUUCAUUGAUUGUUGAUUGUAAUGGUAAUCUAUUUUCAUUUGGAUUUCCACAAUAUGGUCAAUUGGGCCAUAAUACUGAAGCAAAGUAUUUUGCAUCUGGUAACAAAUUGGCAUAUAAAUGCGAAUAUAAACCACGAAAAGUUUUGCUAUUCAUUGAAAAAGGACGCGAUGGUCAUGUUACACCCAUUCAAGAUGCACGAAUUAUUGAUGUUGCAUGUGGUAUUAAUCAUUCACUUGCAUUGGAUGAUAAGCAACGUUGCUUUUCCUGGGGUUUUGGUGGCUAUGGAAGACUAGGGCAUUCCGAAACCAAAGAUGAAAUGAUGCCACGUUUAAUAAAAACAUUUGAUAAUCGUGGUGUAAAAGCUAUUUGGUGUGGUGGAACAUUCUCACUCGCAUUAGAUCAACAUGGUUUACUUUAUUUCUGGGGCCAAUCAAAAACAUCGGGUGAAGCAACAAUGUAUCCGAAAAAUGUACAAGAUCUUAAUGGUUGGAAUAUUCGAUCAAUUGGUUGUGCUAAUCGUUCAAUUGUAUUAACAGCCGAUGAAAGUGUUAUUAGCUGGGGUCCAAGUCCAACAUAUGGUGAAUUAGCAUAUGGUGAUACAAAAUCCAAAUCAUCAACAACACCACAAGAAGUUAAACCAUUAGAAGGAAUACAUAUUCAUCGUGUUUCAACUGGAUAUGGUCAUAGUCUAUUCAUAGCACGUGAAGAAUCGGAACAGGAAAAAGCAUUGAUUAAUAAACUACCUACAUGGCCAUAAUUUUUAAUUAAGAAAAAAAACUUAGAUGGUUUGAUUUAGCUUAUUUAUCAACCAACAUUCAUACAUCCAUUAUCAUCGUCAUCAUUUAAUAUCUUUUGAAUUUUUGAUAAAAAAAAAACAAAUCAACAUUAUCACA